AUGCGAGGAUUUCGAUUCCGUAGAACUGGCAUCCCAGAGGCGGUCGAACCCCCAAUAGAGGCGACAGCCGAGGAAAAUACAGCUGCAGAAUCCAAGUUGGAGUUUGACGACAGCAACUCAAUCGACCGAAACGCGCAGCACGGUGUUCGAAGCGCCCAGGCAGUCAUUCAGGUCUGGACUCGCAACCAGCUCUUUUUGCCUAUGCUAAGUAUGACCCUACUAUACCCCUCAGAUGAUAUCUGGUUCAUCGAAUUUAUCCUAGCGUAUUCUUCCGGGGUAACAGGCACUCUUAUCCCUUAUGUCACCAGCUCCUUCGAGGCCCAUUCGCUAACUGCAUUAGCCUCGCUGAUUGAUAUAUGGGGCCGUCCUCAAGGCUUUGCACUCGUUGUCUCGUGCAUGACACUAGGGUUCAUCAUGAUGACUGCCUGCAAUAAUGUGAAAAUUUAUUGUGCCGCCCAGGUAUUUUACCUUACUGGCUACAACUGUAUCGAUUUUUGUUUGACUAUAUUGAUCACCGAAACCACCUCCUCGCUGCGGAACCGGGCCUUGGUGAUCGCUUUUACCGCAUCACCAUGGAUUGCUACCGUUUGGGUGUAUGGUCCCACAGCUCAAUGUAUUCUUGCCACCAUGGGUUUUCGUUGGAGCUUUUGUAUAUGGGCCAUAGUAGUCCCCGUAGUUUGCAGCCCGCUCUUUGGUUUAUUCUACUACAACCGGCGCAAGGCUGAGAAGGCAGGGAUAUUGAGCGCCACGCCAAGUGGCCGCACCUUUACUGAGAGCCCUCAUGAGUGGAAAUCACCAUUGAUUAUCUGCUUCAUUAUAUUUGGUGGGCUACUAAUAAUAUCCUUCGCCCUAUACGAAAGAUACCUAGCACCAGUGACAUUUAUUCCAUGGGCUUUACUGAAUGGCCGCACCGUUUUCUUCACUUUUACGAUGAUUGCCAGUCUGUACACAGCGUGGUACAUAUGGGACACCUACUUUUACUCCCUUCUUGUCGUUGUCUUCGACCAGAGCGUUACACACGCUACCUAUAUUCAAAAUAUUUACACUGUCGGUUCAACAUUUUGGUCUUUGAUCAUGGGCGUGAUAAUCCACUACAACGGGAGGCUAAAAUGGCAAGUUCUCUACUUUGGUGUGCCCAAUACGAUUCUUGGUGUCUGUCUCAUGAUCAAAUUCCGACUACUUGACAUCAACAUCGGUUAUAUAAUCAUGUGUCAGAUAUUUGUAGCAUUUGGUGGAGGCACGCUGGUCAUUUGUGAGCAAAUGACUGUCAUGUCAGUCACCACGCAGGCACUGAUCCCCUCUAUUCUGUCAAUGGAAGGUAUGAUGAGCUCAAUUGGUAAUGCGGUUGGUUUUACGAUCGCCGAGGCAACCUGGAGUAAAAAGUUAGAGGAUCUCUCCAAAAUCUAUGAGUCCAUUACAGUGCAAUCAUCUUAUCCAGUCGGCAGCCAGGCCCGUGAUGCAAUAAACCAUGCCUAUGUGGACACGCAGAAACUAAUGCUGAUUGCGGCUACAUGCCUAUACAGCAUCACCUUGAUCUCGGUACUCUUACGGAAAGACAUUAAUGUUAAAAAUAUCAAGCAAACUCAGGGUCUCAUUUUUUGA